UGAGUCUUAUCAAAUAAAUAUUUCACUGUAUUGGUGAUUUUAGGAGUCAAUAAAUUAACCUUUUGAAAGAGGAGUUUACGGCUUAGAUAAUUACAAAUUAAAUGUUAAACUUCACUAAUUUAACAGGAUAUUGUGUUAUUCAUAAAUUGUUAUUUAUUGUGAUAAGAGAAAUAUUUUAGAUCUUGAGAUAGAUUUAAAAUGGGUAAGAAAAGAAAAUUGGGAGAGAGUUCGAAUGACUUUGAAUACGAUCCUAUCCCUCGGCAUUUAGUUACAUCUCAUAUUAAAAAACAAGAGAAACGUUUAGUUGUUAUAUUGGAAAAAGCACAGUUAGAAACUGUUAAGAAUGGAAAUAAUUUUGAGCUAUUAAACUGUGAUGAUCAUGGGCAUAUUCUUAAGAAGAACGACCGAGACCUUGGAUCAUGUAGGCCAGAUAUAACACACCAAUCAUUAUUAAUGUUAAUGGACUCUCCGUUAAACAGAGCAGGACUAUUGCAAGUUUAUAUUCAUACAGAAAAGAAUGUUUUAAUUGAAAUUAAUCCACAAACAAGGAUACCAAGGACAUUUAAAAGAUUUGCUGGUCUUAUGGUUCAACUCCUACACAAAUUUUCAAUAAGAGCAUCAGAUGGACCAAUGAAGCUACUCAAAGUUAUCAAGAAUCCUGUGACUUCACACUUACCAGUUGGUGUUAAGAAAAUAACAAUGUCAUUUAGUUCAAAGGUUGUACAGAAUUGCCGUGAACUUGUACCCAAAGAUGAACCAAUUGUGAUGAUAGUUGGAGCAAUGGCCCAUGGUAAAAUUGAGGUAGAUUAUUCUGAAGACACAAUAUCAAUCAGCAACUACCCCCUGUCUGCCGCAUUGACCUGUGCUAAACUGUGUUCGGCAUUUGAAGAAGUCUGGAAUGUUGUUUAAAGUAGUGAUUGAUAAAUAGUUGGCCUAAUGGAAAUGUCAAUGUAUUUCAAGAUAUCACGGACUGUUGUAAUUAUUUAUGACUGACUGAUAAAUGAAUGAUUGUUAGAUUGAUGAAACUGAAAGUCAACUACUAACACAUUAGAUAUACUAAGUGACCAAGUUAAAUUAAACUGUUUGUUUUUUAUUGUGAAAUAAUGUAUCAACAAUACAAGCUAAAACAUUUUA